AUGUUACAUAACAUAACAAAUAAAUCACGGCACCCACAAUUAAAACAUUUCAAUGAAGAGUAUAAGGCAGCAAUGGCACUUCUCAGACGAUCAACACCUCAGUUUCCAUCACUGAUAACUGACAGGCUCCAUGCACGGAAUAUACAUACAAGUUCAUCAAGUUAUAAUCAAAAUUCUGAUAAGGACAAGGAUAGAAAAGAUAAGAAGAAAAAUGAUGAUGCUACUGUGCCUUCCCUGUUAAUGAAGGCAGCUUUCUGGAUGUUCAUAACAAGUGUCCUCAUUACUAUGAGCACAUUGCUAAUUCCAGGUGACAACACACAGAAUGAGAUGAUUCGCUAUGUGUCAUGGAAUGAAUUUGUUUACAACAUGCUAGCAAAAGGUGAAGUGGAACAACUGAUUGUAAGGCCAGACAUUGAAGUAGUGACCAUCAUUUUAUAUGAAGGUGCUAUCAUUAAGGGUAAAAAGGGUGAUAUCCAUCGUUUUGAAGAGAAGCUUCGGGAGAUAGAAAAGAGCUUAGGAGUUAAAGAAGGAGUGCGUGUCAUUUACGACAGAAACGGGGGAUUGGCGGGAAAAAUUAUCACCACACUGCUCAUAGGCGCCGUGCUGAUCUCGUUGCUGUAUUCCAGCAAGAGUAUGCGGAUGAACAUUAAUCUUGGAGGCUUUAGUCAACUAAGCCGCGCCAAGUUCACUCUGGUGGAUUCAAUGAGCGGUCAGGGCAAAGGAGUCAAGUUCGAGGACGUGGCUGGUCUUAGAGAGGCCAAAAUCGAGGUCAUGGAGUUCGUGGAUUACUUGAAGAGGCCUGAAUAUUACAAGAGGCUAGGUGCUAAGGUACCCAAAGGCGCUUUACUUCUUGGUCCACCAGGCUGCGGCAAAACUCUGCUAGCAAAAGCUGUCGCUACGGAGGCCAACGUCCCCUUUCUUUCCAUGAACGGCUCCGAGUUCAUUGAAAUGAUAGGAGGGUUGGGAGCUGCUAGAGUCAGAGAUCUCUUCAAAGAAGCGGCAUCUAGAGCGCCCUGUAUCGUGUACAUCGACGAAAUGGAUGCUGUAGGUCGUGCAAGAGCCUCGGGGGCUUCUUCGUGGGGUCCUGCGGGUGGGGAGAGUGAACAGACCCUAAAUCAGUUACUGGUUGAGAUGGACGGAAUGCAGAGCAGAGAUGGAGUGGUCGUGCUUGCUUCUACCAACAGAGCCGAUGUACUAGAUAAGGCGUUACUACGACCCGGACGCUUUGACCGACAUAUUCUGAUCGAUCUGCCGACGCUGCAAGAGCGCGAAGAGAUAUUCGAGCGCCAUUGCAAGAGCAUCGUCUUGGAAGAACUACCACCGUACUAUCUUAAGCGACUAGCGUACCUGACGCCCGGGUUCAGUGGCGCUGAUAUCGCCAAUGUUUGCAAUGAGGCUGCACUCCAUGCGGCAAGGUACAAGCAGACGAUAGUGAAAGCGGCCGACUUGGAGUACGCCAUCGAGAAAGUAGUUGGUGGUACAGAGAAGCGCAGUCACGCGAUGUCUCCCGCAGAAAAGAAGAUCGUUGCGUACCACGAGUCAGGUCAUGCGUUGGUCGGUUGGCUUUUGGAGCACACUGACGCCUUGCUCAAAGUGACCAUAGUGCCUAGGACCAACCUUGCUCUGGGCUUUGCGCAGUACACGGGAUCCGAUCAGAAACUGUAUUCGAAGGAGGAAUUGUUCGACCGCAUGUGCAUGGCGCUAGGCGGACGGGCCGCAGAGGCGAUCACUUUCAACUCAGUCACUAGCGGCGCUCAGAACGACCUCGACAAAGUCACCAAGAUCGCGUACGCACAGGUGAAAGUGUACGGCAUGUCGUCAGAAGUGGGCCUUAUAUCAUUUCCGGAUAAGGAGCGCGGCAAAAGUCCGUUCAGCAACAAGCUGAAGAACCUCAUCGAUUUGGAAGCGAGGAAGCUAAUCGCCAACGCUUACUAUAGGACCGAAGAGAUCCUUAGGAAUAAUGAAGACAAGCUGAAGAAACUCGCAGAGGAACUUUACAAACGGGAAACCUUGAACUUCGACGAUGUGAAAGCAAUCCUCGGUCCCCCUCCGUUCCCGAGGAAGAAGUUCAUAGAUCCCGUCGAGUUUGAGAAUAGUCUGAAGAACAUGGAGAAGGCUGCAACACCCGAGGAAAGUAGCACGCUUGGAGGUUCGUCAGCGAAACCGGAGACCCAGCCCGGUAUAGAACAGUUUGUUUAA